AGUAAUCUAGAUUUUUACGUGGAAGACCAGUCAGAGUUGUUGCGAUUUGGCGUACAUGUAAACAAACAUUCGUUUUACUAUUUAUUAGUGGAGAGGAAGGGAGUGGGCCUAGAUAGAGUAGAAAUCUUUUCUAGAUAAAAGUGUCAUUUUUGUCUGCAGUUAUGUCCUCAACACCAAGGAAUGAAAACGAUGACAAUCUGAGUGAAUCCUGGGUGGAGUUGAACUAUGCUCAACAAGAUGCCCUGAAUGGCAGCCAUGGCCGACCAAUGAUCAACAUGAACAGAGACAGCAUGGAAAAACUGCUGAUGGAAGCACAGAGAGAAUCACGCAAUACUUCAAGAGGAAGCUCGCAAGGAGGAAGCCCCAAAGGACCUCACAGUCCUAUUGCAAGUGCUCCAGGAUCCAUUGCUCCAGGUUCAUCUGGUAGUGGAACAUCAUGUGGAUCUUCCAGUGAAAAAGCUCCAGGCAUGCCAUUACUUCCUGGCCAAAUCGCCGGAAGAAGUGCAGAUUGGAUCUGGGAAUGGUCAAGUCGACCAGAGCUACGACCAUCGAAGGAUUAUAGUCGCUUGAAGCACCCUGAGAAAUCUGGUCUUAGUAUCCGCAAAUCUAAGGCAAUGAAGAGCGAACUCCUUUCAGCAGAUUUUCUUCGUGUUUUCAUACCAUCCAUGUUGUUAACAAACAUACUGUCCAUAGGUAUUGGUAUAUUUGUUGGUCUCCGCAUUGCUUCAUCAAAGUCAAGUUGAGUACCAAAACAAGUUAUUUUACAUGUCAACCUCAUCUAUUUAUUCUGUUGCAACUGCUAUUCAAAGUGAGGGACAUUAUUUAAUUAUCCAAUCAAAGAAGAUGAGAAAAUGAUGUCACCAUUUUGAUGGAAUUUGAUUUGCUGCUAGUUUAUUAUCCUCCUCAUUUGAUCACAGAAUUAUGAUUAUCUAGUAUUGUUAAGUGAAUAAAACAUCUGCUCUUUUGUGUUAUUAUUUUUUUUACACGUGUAUAUUUUGCUACAAUUUAAUAAAGAAGACUAUGAUUUUUAGUAAAAAUGGCAUAAUUAGAUAGUUAACGUAUUUCUUGUCUAACAAAUAAUGUGAUAGUAUAUGUUAUGUAGCUUCUUAUUAAUAGGUCCAUGGUUUAAAUAUGUAUGCAGAAUAUAAUGGAAUAGAUUUCCUUUUGUAGGUAGUGUAUGGUGGUUAUUAUUCUGUGGUGUGGUCAUAUUUAAUGCUGUAUGCAAAAUGGGCCUAAUACCACAUUUUAACGUUGACUGCCUAUUGGCUUUUACUGCGCCUCUGUGCAUUUUUAAUAUUUAAACUAGUAUGUCUAUGAUAAAACUCUGUAUAUAAUAUGGUUACAUAUAUUUAAUAAAAUAACCAAUACAUGUCUGUAGGUAUGAGAGACAAUUAAGAUAUAUUACUGAUUGCAAGAAGUAAAAGCCUAGUAUUAAAUGGUUUUCAAUUCUCAAUGCCAUAAAAAUCAGUCAUUUUACUGUCAUUCAUUCUAAGAUAUCAAGUAAUGGAGGUCACUCUUUCCUAGUAUCCUUGUAAAGGUGUUGCCUUGAUUUGAAAUUUUUUCUAAUUUUUUGGACAGCAUUCAGAAAGUUGAACUUUAUGUUAGUCAUAGAAAAAUUGGAAAAGUAAUAAUGUAAACAUAACUGCCAGGUUUACAGAAAUUAAAUGUGGGUCGAGAACAUUAGGAAUUGAUUCAAAAUAGAAGAGCCAAAAAAUAUUGGUGAAAUUUUAUCAAAUUCUGUACAUUCUUAUCAUGACGUAUAAACUAGAAAAAUGGGGAUUUGCCUGAAAAUGUAAGUUUUAACAAUGUAACAUUUCUUGAAAUAGAGGUAUCCAUGUAAACAAUACGUUUCCAGCACAAUAAUGUUAAAUCAUGGUACAAUAACAUGUAAAUCAACAGAUAUAAACCACAAAGAUGUUGUGGUUAACAUGAGAUAUGGGAUAUGGGAUGAUUAUGUUAAAUAAAGAAUCUCUGUCAAAAGUUCCCUGUAGGGUGAUACAGUGUUCCAAUUAUGCCUUCAGUACUGUUAAUUUCGAAGUUAAAAAUAAAAAAAUUAAAUUAAAUAAAAUUAAAAAAAAAAAACAUUUUAAAUCUAGAGUAUAAAUUUCAUGUAUAAGAUUUUAUUUUAAUCAAAUAUGUUUGGAUUGCGCCACAGGCUCUUGUAAGUUCACAGUUUUUUAUGAAGAGAAAAUAUUUUUCGUCAGAAUGAGGCGUUUUGAUAAGCUGAACUUUUGGUUGCUUUGUAUUCAAAUUAAUAUUUGUUUUUUGUAAAUAGGGUUUAAAGUAAAGAAGUUGAAAAAUGCAUUGAUAUUAAAAUUAUUUAGCAAAAUUGAAACAUUUCCUCUCAGGAUGAUAUAAUUUACUGUUUGGCUCUAUCUGUGUUUAAAAUGUUUAAUUAAGUAUUCUUGAUUUUAAAGAAGCGAUUAAGUGUAAAGAGUCAUUAAAAUUUGCAAACAACGCC